AUGUCAUUUCGAUUGCUUAUGGGUAUGGGCUGGUUGGCGGCAUCGGCUACUGCCCAUCCCCAUGUUCAGACACGCUCUGGGGCAUCCCAACGGCUGGACAUUUCAAAAUAUGCCCUACCCUCAAAAUCAUUUUACGGCUCGUCAUCCGAAAUGGCAGAAAAUGUCACGAUCAUGAAUAUUCAACCCACAGCCAGCUUUACAGAGACUGCAUCGGAAUUCGUUCGCCGAAGAUUUCCAGAAUUGGAGUUUCGUAUGGCUAACGAUCACUACAUUGGCAGCAAUGGCCUGGGACAUGUUCACUUCAAGCAAAUCCACAAUGGAAUUGAUAUCGAUAAUGCAGAUAUAAAUGUCAACAUUGGCCGUGAUGGACAGAUCUUUUCUUACGGGCAUAGCGCCUUCGAAGGCCAACUCCCUCCCCCGGAGCUCAUCGACGAUCGCAAGUAUGCCGACCCAGUUAGUGCCCUGCGUGGUGUGGUUAAGACACUGGGUCUCAAUAUGACUGUUGACGAUACAGCGCCGUUGCAAGUGAACGAUGAAACAACGAGCUUCGUCAUUCAGGGAACAGAAGGCGUUGCUAGCAACCCGUCGGCUCGGCUAGUGUAUAUUGCAUCGGGUGAUAGCGUUUCGCUCUCUUGGAGGAUUGAGACCGAUGUUUUGGAGAAUUGGCUUGUUAGCUAUGCUGACGCAACGAAGCCUACACAACUACAUGGAGUAGUUGACUAUGUUGCAGAUGCGACGAUGCAAGUCUUUGACUGGAAUACUCCAGAUCCGUCCAUGAAGGUCGAUCGAAAAAUCGUCACGGAUCCAUGGAUCAUCAAAGCUUCACCAUUCACAUGGUUCAGCGACGGAACGAAAAACUAUACGACCACUCGCGGAAAUAAUGGUGUUGCGCACAUCAACCCGAAGAGUAGUGACUCGUACGAGAACCUCUAUCGUCCUGAUAGUAAGGAGAUGAAAUUCGAAUACGCAUACAAGGAUUCGUCACCCCCAAAGGACAUCAUCGACGCCUCCGUUGUACAAUUGUGGUACACCGCAAAUAUGAUUCAUGACCAGUAUUAUUUACUGGGAUUUGAUGAAAAAGCGGGAAAUUUCCAAUUCAAUAACAAUGGGAAAGGAGGCAAAGACAAGGAUGGAGUCAUUCUUAACGCACAGGAUGGACGGACGACAAACAAUGCUGCAUUUGGAACGCCACCAGAUGGUUCUAGUGGUCGCAUGUACAUGUAUAUAUGGACUAGGUCAGACCCGUAUCGUGACUGCAGUUUUGACCAAGCCGUCGUCAUUCAUGAAUAUGUUCAUGGCUUGUCCAAUCGUCUCACUGGAGGACCGGACAACGCGAGCUGUCUACAGAGUGGCGAAGCAGGCGGUAUGGGCGAAGGUUGGUCUGAUACCUUUGCAUUCCUCAAUUUCAUUCGCAAGUCUCACUCAAGCUCGAUGUCUUUCGCUAUGGGUCAUUGGAUCUUCAAUAAUCCCAAAGGCAUCCGAAAAUACCCAUAUUCUACUGAUAAAAAGGUCAACCCGCUGACAUACAAGAACGGUGAUGAAAGUCAACAAGUGCAUUUUCUUGGAACCAUCUGGGCGACAAUGCUUUGGGAUGUCAUGUGGAAUCUGAUUGGAAAGCACGGAAAUUCUGAUGCUGAAAUGCCAACGCUUGACGACAAAGGAGUGCCAACGGAUGGCCGCUUCUUAACAAUGAAACUUCUUAUUGAUGGAAUGGCUAUUCAGCCAUGCCGACCAGAUUUUACCAAAGCCCGUGAUGCCAUUUUGGACGCGGAUAAGAAUCUUACCGGAGGUGCGAACAAGUGCUUAAUUUGGAAGGGCUUUGCUGGGCGUGGAUUGGGUCCAAAGGCAGCUACUGGUAGUAAGCGGACAGAGGAUUUUACUAUGCCUAGUGACUGCUAAGCUAAUGUAUAAGAAAUCAUGUCGUGGUUGUGACGUUGAGAGACUCAUGUGAAAUUGAAAUUACAGCAUACAUGCUGCUAUCCGAGAUGAUCAGUAGAGAAAUACAAUGUAAUUAUAUACACCA